ACUCUGUCCUCCUGCGCAAGCUUUGUACCUGCCGGUAAUACGGUGCUUUUCCGACCGUAGUAGGUAUGCAACACGUGCUUUUUGGUGAAAAUGGAUGAGUUUAUCACAAGGAAGAGGUAUCUGGAACCUGGCCAACCCUUCGUAGUGCCACGUCGAGCGCGUCGAGAUGGAAUAGCAGCAUCGACUGCAGGAGUACAAGGUGGGGUCGCCGAAACAACUGCCUCCGAAGGUGAAUGUUCAGCCACAGAAAACGCGUUUCACGUGCCGACAGCUGAACUCGUGGAAACUGAUGAACGCAGCGUGGAAGGGAGUCCAUGUUUUGAUGUCGACAUCUGUGCUGCACCAAUCGAACCAGGACGCGAAUCAGAAUCCGACGACACGGAAUCAGAAUCCGGAGUGCUUUCGGAUGAUGGAGGAGAGGAGGAAACUGUCCGGGAAGAAUCAGAUGGUGAAGAAGUGGCAGCGGAGGCAGAAGACGAUGCCCAGGACGCUGACCCUUGCUUUGACCAACUGCAUGACCUCUCAAAUGAAAAGUUUGAACCGAAUUCGAGUUUCACGAAAGCUGAGGUGAUUGUGCUCGUGAUGUUGUACGUAUCAGCCUUCAGUAUUACGUGGCAGCAAUUAGAUGGUCUGGUACAGCUUUUGGCCACACUAAUGGGAGCAAAAUGGGGCCUUCCAACUUCAGCGUAUCAUUUUCGAAAGCUCUGGAAAGUCUCAGGACACACUUACCAUUUUUACUGUCAACAGUGCUUUGCCUACCUUGGGGAACGUCAGACACGACCCAUCGGUAAAGAAGUCAAGAGAUGUCCGGAGUGCAACAACGAAAACAACAUUGCAUCUCUAACCAGUGGCUUAUUUACGAUUUUGGACAUUGGUGCACAGGUGAAAAGCAUGCUGCGAAUUUUUUCUCGUGAAGUGGCACAAAUGUUGGAAAGACGAUCGUCCUGCAAGCACACCAUGGACGAUAUUGGAGAUGGACGAAUUUUCCAAGCACUGCUACGAAAAGGCAAGGUUGGGCUGCAUGAUCUUACACUUCUGGUCAACACGGACGGUAGUCCUACUUUCAAGUCUACAAGGUUCUCCAUUUGGCCUAUUCUCGCAGUCCUGAACGAGCUUCCUGCGAAGUUGAGAUGGCAGAAUGUCAUAUUGUGUGGACUAUGGUUUGGGAAAAAACAUCCCAGCAUGGAGCUCCUUAUCAAGAAAUUUGCUGACGUCGCAAACGUUGUGCCCAAACUGACGUGGAAAUGGGCAGGUCGUCCCGUGGUCUCAACUGUGCACGUUCUCUAUGGGUGUUUUGAUUCACCUGCAAGGGCUGCCGUGACAAAUGCAAAGCAGUUCAACGGCCGUUUUGGAUGCACCUGGUGCCUCCAUCAGGGACAGACUGUCAAAGGCACAAUGAAAUAUCCUGUGGGAGGUGAGCUACCAGGAGAACGAACUGCCGCGAUGACCUCAAAAGAUGGAUUACAGGCACUCAGGAGCGGACAAGACUCUCAUGGAAUAAAAGGACCAACAGCUCUCUCUCUCCUACCCAACUUUGACAUUGUUUGGGGAGUAUCCGUCGACUACAUGCACGCAGUAUUGUUAGGUGUGACACGGCAACUAACCGAACACUGGCUGCAGUGCACAUCUGCGGACUGCUAUAUUGGGGCACCCAAAACACUCCAUAUCAUAGAGAGUACGCUUUGUUCAAUAAGGCCGCCAAUCUCGUUUACUCGCCUUCCACGACCGCUGAAAGAGUGGAAGGACUGGAAAGCGAGUGAAUGGAAAAAUUGGCUUCUAUUCUACGCACCAGUCACACUGAAGGGCACGCUCCCCACAAAAUACCUUCACCACUUUGAACUUCUGUCACAGUCUGUGUUCACCAUGCUGAGGACAAGUGUAUCGUCAGAUGACAUAGACCGUGUCAACGGACUUUUGGUACAAUUUGUGUGUGAUGCUCAGCUGUUGUACGGAAACGAGUUCAUGACCUUCAAUGUGCAUCAGUUGUUACACCUGCCCAAAUGCGUCAAAAAGAUGGGACCCCUAUGGGCUCAUUCUUGUUUUCCUUUUGAAAGCAUGAACGGUAGGCUUUUGAAACUGAUCACUGCAGCGAAAGGAGUGCCCUUGCAAAUACUGGAGCGCUACUCCUUACGGCAGAAGGUUCACCAACUAUCUUAUGCAAUCAUAAUCUCUGAAUCUGCGAAGACGGCAUGCACGAGAAUUUGCAAAAAGAAUUUUCCCCUCAUGUUUUCGCAACACUACACAAAAAACAUGGUGCUAUCCAGUCCGUCGACGCUGCCUCUGACAGCAGAGGAGAACGCUGCAGUUUCUGAGAAGCUUGGGAGUGGGCAAUGGAGCUGCUGUGUGUAUGACAGGCUUAAAGUGGGUGGAAGAGCGCUCCACGCAGAGUGUUACUCGAGGCCAACGAGAACUUGUACAUCAUAUGUCUUCAUUCCAUCACUGGAGCACUAUGGUAGAAUUGCAAAGGUACUAGAAGUGACAUGUAAUGCAGAGAGCAGCUGCUUACUUUUAUGCGAGCUAGUCCGUGUAUCCAACACAUCGUUACCACACAUUCAUGCAGUCCGCAGUGGUAAUGCCAGGCUUUGUGUAUGUGAUCCGAUUGAUGUUAAAGUGUGUGUUUUCAUAAACACUGGGAAGCUGUCUUACAUAUGUGACAUUCCAAAUAACUUGGAAAGCGACUAAGUUGCAAGUAAGGAAUUGAACCUCUGUAUGCAAUAAGGGGAUAAGUCAACUUAUCCCCUUUUUACUAUUUUUGCUGUGAUGACAUCUACAUACCAGUAUGCACCUGUGAAUGAAAAUUUAGGACCUUAUUGUGAUUUGCUGGCCUGCUACAGCAUGGUGAAAAACGGGAAAUGCAUGUGUGUCAAUGGGACGGACAAUCAGAUCAGGCCCCUUUUCUCGCUUUGUGAUUUUUGGAUUUAUCCCCUUAUUGCAUACAGAGGUUCAAUUGCUGCUGUGUCAUUUUGUUGUCUAAUUUCCUCUGUCUGUUUUGUUGAUUCAAAAAAUAAUGGUAAUCAAAGUGCACUUCGCCGGAUCGAAUAAGGCACCACGGCUAGAUGUUCAUACAUCUUUUUUUUCAUGACACGGAGAAUUUCAGAAUAUAGGGUUUCUGGUUUACAGUGUUUACCAGAAAGCACCAAUACACGUACACCAGCAAAUUUUUAAUCUUAUCUGUCAAAAAGAGCUAAGCAUUGGAAACCACCGUAAAUAACAUUUUCAGGCUGCUAUCUUUUCUCAGAAAACAUGGUAAAUGAAAAUGGCUAUGAUGCAGGGGCGUAGCGACAGGAGCUUUGCGGGCUCAAGUUCCCCCCUCCCCCCGAAACCUUACCUUUGGCAGUGCA